GAGAGUUUUCUGGUAGUGAUAAUCCAUCACACGGGAGACAGUCACGGUCCACUUGCUCAACUCAACGGCAACAAUGCCCCCAGCGAUGGCAGUUAUCGGUAACACCUCAUUAUUCUCUAACCUCACGCUCUCUUCUUCGCUCAACCGCUCCACGCGCCUCUUCUUCAUCUCUGUUGCUUCCUCUCCCACCAACUUUCGCCUUCGACCUGCCUCUGCUUCUUCUCCUUCUUCCACUGCUACUCUCGUCGACACCAACCCAACCGAUUCCAUCGUUGCAGAGAAGGAGAAGGAAGUGAAGCACAGCAGCAACUUAUUGGCUUGUCCGGUUUGUUACGACUCCUUGAAUUGGACUAGUCAUCCUUCCUUAUCAGUAGAUGCUAUAGCUGGGUCUAGUUUACAAUGUGGAACGUGUAAGAAAACAUAUGUUGGAAACCAAACGCAUCUAGACCUCACGGUAACAACCGGAGCCAAAAGCUAUGGUGAACCUAUGCCAUUAACCACAGAGUUUUUCAGGUUGCCAUUGAUAUCAGCUCUCUAUGAGAGAGGCUGGCGCCAAAGUUUUGUAUGGGGUGGUUAUCCAGGUCCUGAGAAAGAGUUUGAACUGAUGAAGGAGUUCUUAAAGCCAGUAUUGGGUGGAAAUAUCAUCGAUGCUAGUUGUGCAAGUGGAUUAUUUUCAAGAUUAUUUGCAAAGAGUGGAUUGUUUCCUUUGGUUGUUGCUCUAGACUACUCAGAAAACAUGUUGAAACAGUGUUAUGAAUUCAUUCAGCAGGAAGAGAACUUUCCAAAAGAUGCAUUUGUUGUUAGGAACAUCACCUUGGUUAGAGCAGACAUAUCAAGACUCCCUUUUGUUUCAAGUUCUGUUGAUGCAGUGCAUGCGGGCGCAGCUCUCCACUGUUGGCCUUCACCUUUAGCAGCUGUAGCUGAAAUAAGUCGUGUUUUACGACCUGGAGGUGUCUUUGUUGCAACCACCAUAAUAAUUGAUGGGCCUUUCAUUGUUGUCCCAUUUAGAAGUACUUUCAGUCAGAGUUUUAAGCAAGUAUCCGGAAGUAACUUAUUUCUCUCUGAACGUGAACUUGAAGAACUCUGCAGUGCCUGCGGGCUGGUUGGAUUUAAAUGCAUCAGAAAUGGAUUCUUUGUGAUGAUUUCUGCUACCAAACCAAGUUAAGGUUUGAGUUUUCUGGUGCUGAUUCCUGUGCUACCUUAUACACAUCUUACUGAAGGAUUUACACAGUUCAUUUGAUAAAUAAGUAGCAGAUCAUGAUAAUAUUUGCUCCAUUUAGCAAAAUUAAUAUAUAUCACAUACUUAUGUGCCAUAGGUGUCAUGAGUGAAUGCACCACCGCAUAAACAAGUCAUGGUGGACUAUAGAUGUAAAUAUGAUUACCCAUCAUAAUUAACUUUCAUUUUGCAUUUGAUUUA